UGAGUAGUGUGAGUGUCAUCAUAUGCUUCAUGAUACGUGUUGUACAUGAUAUGAUUAUACAGAAAUAUAUUUCCGGUUGCUCGAAAACAACCUUUAACGAAUAUUUUUUAAAUUAAAAUCAAAAUGUCUCACCGAAUACGGUUUAAGUUAUGAUAGAUAGUAAUACCAUGUUUCUAAAUCGGCAUCGAACGACAUACAAAUAGACGAUUGACUAGUACAAAAGAACUGUUUUCAAACGAACGCACUACCAUACAUUUCGUUUAACAUAACGCUUUUUUGCUGAAAUCAAAUCAUACACAUUGUAAGUGAUGAAACGGAAACCGGACAAUAUUCAUUGUAAUACAAUCCAUAAUAUUACACUGUACACAUUCGUAAACCAGUGCAGUCUUAAAUCAAACACGACACUAUAUAAUAUUCGAAUUUUAUAAGGAAUAUACGAACGAGUGUAACAGAAAUGCAAAGGUCAGCAAGUAAUCAGCAGGCUUCGGGUUAUUUUCCGUUUGACCCGUCAGAUCAAAGUUCUUACAAAAGUUCCCCUGGACCCAUCGAACACGCUCCAUCGUCGCAAGCAGAAGAGGGUCAAUGUGAUGCUAAGCCUUAUGAAAACACGGCUUCUGUCGACAAAAGUUAUGCGUUUGAUACAACCACUGAACUGUUCGCACAACUUAUUGAAUCAUCUUGGGAAAUAACAGAUGAGGAUGACGCAGAUGAAGCCGACGCUAUAGGUGAAGAGUUUACACAUCAAUCUGAAGCAAACGGUGUUCGUCAUGAUCCCAAAGCCAAAGAGGUCGGGGCCAGAUUAAGGUUGAUUGCCGACGCUUUGAAUAAACGUAAAUUACAAGCCCCUGUUGAAAGUGUCGAUCCGUCGCAAUAUAUAUUUGAUAUAGCCACAAAUAUUGCGUUAUCGACCACAUUCGAGCAGUUUGUGGAAGCGUUGCCUAGAGAAGCUGCCAAAACCAUUGGCUGGGAUCAGGUGGCAGUGUACUGGUACAUCAUAAGAACGUCAUUUAGGAUCAAGAAUUCCAUUACGAUCUUUGCCACUCAGUAUUUCAGGUCAAGAUUCCGUGACUGGAUUAACAGACAGCCACGUGGAUGGGACUCCAUUUUUGACGAACCGAUCGUUGACUGAGGUCGCCCCAACUGUGAAAGGUGAUUGAAAUAACUGUAACUUGAACAUAUUUUUAAAUAUAUCCGCCUUGACUAUAAUGUAUGACAAUAAUUUAACUAUCACGAGUCAUCGUAAUGUAUAUCGAAUUCUUUAUCUGUAUCUAAUUACACAUAAAGUUAAUCACAUAAGAUCAUUUAAAUCAAAGGCAACGAGAGUUUUACUUUGAAACAAGUAAACCAUACAGAAGACGGUGACUGUUACUUAAGCUAUUUAAGACUAUAUGACUGCUAGUUUGCAACCGACAUAAGUCAGUUUAGCUGAGACAUACAUCUAUGUAAAUCAUUUAAUUGAAAGGUCUUACAUUUAUAAAAUACACAAUGCACAAUAAGUAUAGUAUUUAUAUUGUGUCAGGAGAUAACCAUUGAUAAAAAGUAAAUCAUGUAUUGAAAUAAACUGGAUUGUCAAAAUAAUUAUCAGGACGCAUGUUUUGAUGAUAAGCCGCUGUCAUUGUGAUUACAUAAGCAUUUUGCAUUGUAUAGACCUGGUACAAACAUUUGCACAAUCUCAGGUUGAUGUUAUGUUAAGUACGUGUAGAUAAAAGUAGCAACUGUCAAAUUAUUUACUGCAUGCUUUAAAUAUAACACGCGAAUAGGCAUUCAUACCUAACAUUCUCAAUUGUGGAUGCAUUUAAACUUCCUCGUCCUGAAUACCAAUUUUCAACCGGCUUAAUAUGAGAAUAUAUUGGUAUUUGUUAAAUACGCCUGCUUAGUUUUACUUUUGAAAAUCUAUUGUUUUCUAGAGAUCUAUGAACUCUUGUAUCUCUGAAUUGAUAGCUAGACACCGAAAAUCUUUUGCUAAUAAUUUAACUUCAAAUUACUGAUAAUUGAUAUAUAAUAAAUAUCAAGUUACUUAAAUUUGCUAUUUUUAAAAUAUCAAGUUACUGAUGCUUGCAAUAAACCUUGUAUACACGUAUUUUGUAUAUCGAUAUAUCUUUCCUUGCGCAGUAAAUACUCUUCUGUACCUACCUCACAAGGGCUCGACUCUUCUGUAGUAGAACACAAUUUCUGUUAUUGUUGAGUUGUUGUUCGUACUUUCGUGCCUUGAAUUUAUUUGUAAAUUUAGCAUAGCUACAUGAAAUAACAAUGUACAUAUAGAGCAAAUCUGUGCACACUUCUUUUGUUGUUUUUGGCGCAUCAUUUUAUAGUCGGUACAAUAAUAAAUUACAUAUCUCAG